CACAACAAAGCUUCUGAGUUCUGAUCGUAACACAUCUUUUCCUUCUUCCCCAGAAACAAACAAAUAAAAUAAAAUCCAUUCAUUUUCACUCAACCAACACUCCUUUUCCUUUUUCUCUUUCUGGGUUUUCUCUAUCUCUACUAAAGUUUUCAACUUUGCUCCAUUUCUUGGGUUGAAACGUUGGGUUGUGAAGAAGGAACAGUGCAUUGAAUCACAUAUAUCUGAAAGGGGUUGAUAUAUGAUUGGAUUGGUUUCUGUUGAAAAAGGAAGGAACACUAUUUCUGUUGAGGAAUCUUUUGGCAUUUUCGAUAAUAGAGCCAACUAGUUGGAUCCAAAAUCACUCAGAAACCCUCCCCUUUACCUUUUUUUUUUCCUGUUUUCUUCAUCUUUCUUUUCAACUAUUUUUUUCCUUUUUUUGACUUUGGUGGGGGUGGUUUUGAAGGCUCAUUCAUAAAAAAGCAAAAGAAGAACGGCUAGGGAAGGGUCCUUCCUCUUUUGCCUUUUAAAAAAUUCUUACUUAUACACAUAGCACAGUAAGUGUUUGUGUAAAUGUGUGUGUGAAUGAGCAGUAGUUACUUUGAAUCUUCUUGAAUUUCAGAAACACACUGAAAUGGAGCACAUUGCAUUUUGAGCCACAAAAUAUCAAAAAACAAGGAGGGGGUAUCUGAUUCUGAUUCCUCACGGAUUUUUGGUACUUUGCUUUGGGGGAAUGUACCUGCAGAAUCAUCAUUCUCAUAUAUAGGUGACAAGAAAGGAAACAACAAGAUUCUGUGAACGUUGCAAGAGGGUCUUUUUUAUCUUUUCUUGUUGCUUGUUUGAAUUUGGUUAAAAGGGCCUUUGUCCAUGGCUACGGAAUGUGCAAUCAUGUUUUGGUGAUAAUUGUUCUAGUGGGGAAAAGGCUAAAUUAUGAUGUUGAAGGUUUUGCUGUGUGUUUCUGAGAUUUGAGAGUAAAAUCUUUUGAGCAAGGUAGUAUCUACUCUCUAUUGUUGGUGGUGAUGAGUCGAGAGCAACAGAAGGGGAUAGGGAAGCAAGUCAAAGGCUCCGAUGGCGCUGAGAAGGUUAUCGUUGCCGUUAAGGCGUCGAAAGAAAUUCCGAGGACUGCACUUGUUUGGUCCCUCACUCAUGUUGUUCAACCUGGAGAUUGCAUCACCCUGCUAGUGGUUGUGCCUUCUCAAAGUUCAGGCAGAAGAUUAUGGGGUUUUCCUAGAUUUGCUGGUGAUUGUGCCAGUAUCAGUAAAAAGUAUCCUCCAGGAACAGUUUCAGAGCAGAAGCAUGAUAUCACUGAUUCUUGUUCUCAAAUGAUCCUUCAGCUCCAUGACGUGUAUGAUCCGAAUAAGAUAAAUGUCAGGAUUAAAAUUGUUUCUGGAUCUCCUUGUGGAGCAGUGGCCGCAGAAGCCAAGAAAGCGCAAGCCAAUUGGGUUGUAUUAGACAAACAGCUCAAACAUGAAGAAAAGCGAUGCAUGGAAGAGCUACAGUGUAAUAUUGUGGUCAUGAAGCGUUCCCAACCAAAAGUACUCCGCUUGAAUUUGAUUGGAUCGCAAAAGGAAGCUGAUGAAUCACGUCCAUUGCCUUCUGAGCAUGAUGAGCUGGCUGGAAAUCAAACCAAAAAGAAUACUGAUUCACUAAAUUCCAUUAAGGGGCCUUCUGUAACUCCAACUAGCAGCCCGGAGCAAGGGACUCCAUUUACUGCAACGGAAGCUGGAACUUCAUCAGUUUCAAGCUCUGAUCCAGGAACUUCACCAUUCUUUAUCUCAGAGACAAAUGGUGAGUUGAAGAAAGAGGAGACUAUCAAAGAAAAUCAAGAACUUGAUGAUUCAGACACAGAAAGUGAAAGUUUGUCCACAUCUUCGGCAAGCUUGAGAUUCCAGCCAUGGAUCACAGAAUUACUUUUACAUCAACAAUCAUCUCAACGAAACGAAGAAAGGCCAGAAAUUUCUCAAGAUAUGCCUCAAACAUCUACAACUAGAGCCUUGCUAGAAAAGUUCUCAAGGCUCGAUCGAGGAGCUGGAAUUGAAAUAUCAAAUUAUAGAAAUGAGUCAGAUUUUAGUGGAAAUCUCAGAGAGGCAAUAUCAUUAUCUAGAAAUACUCCGCCUGGUCCACCUCCAUUAUGUUCGAUAUGUCAACACAAGGCACCUGUUUUCGGAAAACCUCCAAGAUGGUUCAGCUAUGCCGAGUUAGAACUUGCCACUGGUGGAUUUUCUGAGGCCAACUUCCUGGCUGAGGGGGGAUUUGGAUCCGUUCACAGAGGGGUUCUACCGGAUGGACAAGUCGUUGCUGUCAAGCAACAUAAAUUGGCUAGUUCUCAGGGUGACCUUGAGUUUUGCUCAGAGGUAGAAGUCCUGAGUUGUGCUCAGCACCGAAAUGUUGUUAUGCUGAUUGGAUUCUGCAUAGAGGAUAAGAGAAGGCUACUAGUUUACGAGUACAUAUGCAAUGGAUCAUUGGAUUCACAUUUAUAUGGGAGACAGCGAGAACCAUUAGAAUGGGCUGCACGGCAAAAAAUUGCCAUUGGAGCUGCUCGUGGGUUACGAUAUCUUCAUGAAGAGUGCAGAGUGGGAUGCAUUAUCCACCGUGACAUGCGGCCUAACAACAUUCUCAUAACUCAUGAUUUUGAACCACUGGUUGGUGAUUUUGGAUUGGCGAGGUGGCAACCUGAUGGAGACACGGGUGUGGAAACCCGAGUAAUUGGAACAUUCGGGUAUUUGGCUCCUGAAUAUGCUCAAAGCGGCCAAAUAACUGAAAAAGCUGAUGUUUAUUCAUUCGGGGUGGUAUUGGUGGAGCUUGUUACAGGGAGAAAAGCUGUGGAUCUCACGCGGCCUAAGGGACAGCAGUGUCUUACUGAGUGGGCACGACCUCUGUUGGAAGAAUAUGCCAUUGAGGAACUGAUUGAUCCAAGGCUGGGGAACCAAUACUUAGAAAAUGAGGUCUAUUGCAUGUUGCAUGCUGCAUCAUUAUGCAUACGGCGAGAUCCUCAUUCUAGACCACGCAUGUCACAGGUUCUUCGUAUACUGGACGGCGACAUGGUCAUGGACACAAGUUACAUUUCAACUCCAAGUUAUGAUGUGGGAAACCGGAGUGGCCGACUCUGGUCGGAGCCGCUGCAGAGGCAGCACCAUUACAGCGGUCCUCUGUUAGAAGAGUCACUUGAAUCAUUCAGUGGGAAGCUAUCUCUUGACAAAUACAGGCCUGCAUAUUGGGAUAGGGACAACAAAGCAAGAAGGACUUCAUGUGAAGAUAACAUUUAAAAAGGGGUUGAUACUUGAUCAAAAUUGAAAAUUGCUUUUUUCUUGUUAUGCUAAAUAUGUUUAUUUUCCCUCCUAUUUUGUAGUUUUGCAUCUUUCUAUCUAUCUUUCUGCAGUGAGAUCUAAUUUUGCAUCUGUGUAUAAUAGCAGGGUGAAAGUAGGAUAGGUAAAAAAAUAUAGAAGCUUUUGAAAUUCUUCAGGGAAAAUCAUGUACACACUAUUGUGCCUAAAAGGGCCUCUUUGACUUGAGAGAGUUUGUGGGGUCUUGAAAUGAAAUGAAAUGGAGUAGCUUCUUCUAA